AUGAUAGUCAAAUGCUGGCUCUCGUCACUUCCUUCGCGUUGGCAAUCGUUUGUGGCUAACAGGGUGUCAGAAAUCCAGCACAUUACCAAGUCAGGAGUUUGGAAUCAUGUCGCUGGGGCCGACAAUCCGGCGGAUAUAGUAUCCCGCGGGAUGACACCUGCACAGUUGGCUUACCAGUCCAUCUGGUUCGAAGGUCCGUUGUGGCUACGCCAAGAUCGAACCAAUUGGCCAAAGUCAGCAGUCGUUCAAUCAGAGUUGGAGAAUGCUUUGCUGGAGGAAAGGCCAGCAGCAUCGCUUCCCGUUCAAGUCAAGCCACCCAGCUCCAUUUUUUCGCUCCGAUCAUCGUUCCCGGCACUAGUCCGACUCGUUGCAUGGAUUCGUCGGUUCGCACACAAUGCAGUUCCUAGACAUCGAGCUUGCAAGCACAGCGGAAUCCUGUCGACAUUCGAACUCAACAAAGCAGAGCUACAGCUAGUACGAUUAUCCCAGUCGGAAAGCUUUCCGGCGGAAAUCGCUGCGUUAUCCAAGAACCAGCCCAUCAGUCCAUCGUCGAAGCUCCUUGCAGCAAAUCCCUUUUUGGUCGAAGGCGUACUUCGGGUCGGCGGCCGGCUGCAGCGUGCUCCUAUUGCAGAAACCCGCAAGCAUCCACUGAUUCUACAUCACCAACAUCCACUAACGAAGCUGAUAAUGGAUCACUAUCACCGAAGACUGUUCCACGCUGGACAGCAACUCGUAAUCAGUUCCGUCCGAGAGAAGUUCUGGCCAACGCGAGCCCGAGACGUCGCCCGUUGGACCAUCCAUCGCUGUGUUCCCUGCUUCCGGAGCAAACCAAAGGUCCACGAGCAGCUGAUGGCCGACCUACCUCCCGUUCGGGUGACACCCGCAGCUGUUUUUUUGAAGGUCGGAAUCGACCUAUGCGGACCGUUUCACAUUCGCUAUCCAGGUCGUCGCAGCGCACCGAUCAAAGCCUUUGUGUGCAUUUUCGUCUGUCUGGCGACCAAGGCCGUACACAUGGAAAUUGUUGCCGAUCUCUCAACACAAGCGUUCCUUGCGGCGUUCAAGCGGUUUGUCGCAAUUCGUGGAAAGCCCCAGUUGAUCAUGUGCGACAACGCAACCAAUUUCGUAGGAGCGAAUAGGGAACUGGAAUUGCUACGUCGACAGCUAAACGAUCAGCAAGAGGUUCUGGUCAACACAGCAUUAGACGAAGGAAUUGACUUCCAGUUCAUCCCACCUCGCUCUCCCAACUUCGGCGGACUUUGGGAGGCGGCUGUAAAAUCCUUUAAAGGACACUUUCGGAAGACCAUCGGCGACAGAACUUUGACGUACGACGAGCUGCACACCGUAGUCCACCAGAUUGCGGCGAUUCUCAACUCCAGGCCACUGACACCCCUCAGCAAUGACCCCGCCGACUUUGCGGCGCUCACCCCAGGACACUUCCUUGUGGGGAGACCUCUUACGGCCGUUCCAGAGCCGGACCUGCAAGAGGUGCCGGAAAACCGCCUGUCCCAGUGGCAACGCACUCAGCAUUUCGUACAUCAACUGUGGAGAAAGUGGAAGUCGCAGUACCUUUCAGAUCUCCAUAACCGGACAAAGUGGACUCGGAAACGCGACAAUCUGCAUAUUGGAACCAUGGUCCUCGUGAAAGAGGAUAACCUGCCACCCCAGAAGUGGCGAUUGGGUAGAGUCACGGAAGUUUUUAAGGGCGACGACGAAAACGUCCGCGUCGUAACCGUCUGCACGCAGGACGGCGUCUUCCGGAGGGGCAUUUCCAAGAUUUGCAUCCUUCCAAUCCGGGACAACGAUCAGGAGUCCCCAUCAAAAGACUGA